AUGCGAAAUGCCGCCGAAGUUGGACCCGCGAGCGCCUCGCGGCUGGAAGCGUCGUCGCUGAAUCGGCAGCCGCUCGAUCGGAGCGCUGGAGCAGGCGAAUCCGAUGCGGCGACGCGCGAGUCAGGCACCGCGGCGGGGGUGAGGACAAGCCGAUUUCUGGCAAGUCGAUAUGAGCGAGGUGUCGAUGUCGAAGUGGGAGCCAGGGUGGGGACCAGGAGCGUCUACGCAGAAGAGGGCUUCAGGGCCGCGGGUUUUUCGGUCACAAACCGUCCGCUGCGAGGCGACGCGUCCCGCGGAGCCCUGGAGGACAGCAAACUUGUCCCUGCUGGUGUUCCUUCUUCUGGAUCGGCCUUUCUUCAAGUCUCAGGACGCGAUUCGACUUCCCCCGAGUCUGCGCGAGCUGCCGGGGGAAUGAACGUGUCAGAUCGCCAGGCGGGGCUCGACGACCGCGGGCGGGACUUCGGCAGCGCACGGAGCACUUUCUCGCCUUCGGCCGCGGCGUCGCGGCGGCAGCUGUACUCGUUCGUCAGUGUGUCUCGGAGUUCCAGCCAACACGCGACGGCGCUGGCCUCCCGCAGUCCCCUCCACGGCUUGGAGAAAUUCUCCACGACGAAGGACUCGGCACUCCGCGCUCUCACCUCCGCGUUAACUCCCCACCACAGAGAAGAUCUCCGCCACGGGCUCGCAUCGCAAGUAGAAGGGAACGGCGCCCUGGGGACGUCGGGAAGGCCAGAGACGCAAGGCGCGAUGCGGGAUGCAAAUCUCCUCAGCAGCAGCGCACUGGGAGACAGUGACCCCAUCCGCCUGGAGCUGGGCGAGGAUCGCGAAAACAAGAAUGCGUCAUCUCGUCUUUUGAAUUGCGACGACCUGACGUCUUCGGCUGAACUCUCUGCAACGGCGCUUCGCUCUCGCGCGCCGGUUGAGACUCGGCGUCUUCCCGCCGAUGGAGCCUCGCACUUCGCGACCUCUUUCUCGCGCUCCACUGUCUUCCAGGGGAGCUCGGGAGGGGCUCUCGGCGACGCGUCCAGUCGCGUCGCCGGGAGUCGCGCAGUUGCUCGAGAGCGCGCAGGGGCGCCUGCGGCGGCAGGCCGCAGCGUGGAUGCCGCGCGAGAGCUUCCCGCGGAGGACGAAGCCUUGUUCUCUCCUGAGAGCUCAGUUCGUCUCAGGGCGCAGCAACCUGCGACCUUUUCGUCGCAGCUAGAGGCCGCAGCAAAGAUGCAUGCGAAUGCGGCUGACAGCUGCUCGCGCGAGGGCAGCCCCGCCUUCCUUCCUUCUUCCGCGAGCCACGCGCCUUUCGCGGCGCAGAGCGCCCUCGGGGUGUCCUCGUCGCGGCCCAGCUUCCUCGAAGAGAGACACCGUGACAAAGCAAGUGACAGUUUUCUCUCUUCGUCCCUUCGGAGCGGGACGCCCUCUGGAGCGCCUUUGGACGCGAUGGAGCGCAGCUCCCCGGCGCGCGUCCACGCAUCCAGUUCUCUCCUGCGCACGUCGUCUUCGUCGUCUUUCUCCUCUGUCUCGCAGAGGCCCUUCUCGCUCGCCGCAGCCGCCAGUGCGGCUCACUCUCGGAGGACAGAUGCGCUCCUGCUCGGAGGCCGGGCGCCACGAACUGCUGCCGGCAAAGAGGAGGGGAGGGAAAACGAAGAAGGGGGCGCGGACCGCUUUGCGUCCACGGGUUUGGGAGAGACAGCGGCGGCAGAGGCGCCGACCGGCAGCGCGAGAACCGGCAGCGGCGGAUACAUGUCUCACCUGUUGCUCCCGUCUUUUCCUUCACUGCAUCGCGAGCGGGCUGACAAGGCUGCGGAUGACAUGCUUCAGAGAAAGGAGGAGGGAGACAUGAGGAGCUGUUCGAUGCAAGAAAAAGACAAGGACGCGUCUGUCUCCUCGCAUUCGCUCUCUUCAGCCGCAGGCCGAAGGGGUCAUGGAGGCGCCGCGACGACGCGUUCUUUUUCUCAGCCUGCCACUGCCGCGACGCAGCCUGCCUCGUCGCAGCUCUCUCAUAGAUCCAGAUACGUCGACAGGUCUGUCACGCAACCCCCUCUAUCUUCCGCAGCGGAAGAAGGCGCGAGGAGCCCGGCAUUCCUUCCUCUCUCCCUCGAAGGCUGCGAGUCCGCGGCCGCGCGCGCUGUCUCUUCGUCGUCUGUUGGAGCUAGGAGUGAGGAGUUAUUUGUGGGAGGCCCGAGAGAGCGAGAGAGAAGCCUGGGGGGAGGCGUGCCAGGUAGAAAGGAGGACGCCGUCUCGAGCGCGGCUCCUGGAGCGACCGCGAGGCCGCCGUCAGGUGCGGCGGGCACUAACAGCCUCUCGCGUUUCGCGACGGCAACAGAGAGCGGAGAAAGCGUCGGGGGGAUCUCCACACGCACGCCGCCUUCGUCUGUUUUGUCUUCGCGGGCGCCGCCGUCUUCUGUUUCUCGCCUCGGGGAGGAGCCCCUGGACGCCGGCGACAAGGCCGCGGCCUUGUUCCCCUUCUCGGCAGCAGACCAGCGGAGGGCGAGCCAGCAAAGCAGUCGAAGCGCCAUGUCGUUUCACCUCUCCGCCGAGAACGGGGGGGCUGGUGGACUUGUCUCCAAGACGUCCUCAGUGUCCCUGCUCGUAGGAAACGCGGGCGCAGGAAAGCUGGAAACUGCAGCCGGAAAAGGGUCGACUGUCUGCGUGUGCCAGGCGAGUCGGUACAUGGCGCGGCAGAAGGCGCACUAUGAGCAGCAGUUGAAGCGUGUGGAGGAGGAACGGCAACAGCAGCAGCAGCGCCGGCGCAUCUUGGCUGAGCAAGAGACGCAGGUCUCUUUGCUUCAGACGCAAGUUCAGAGGCAGCGCGAAGGCGUGACGGAGGAAGAGAAGCAACUGCGAGAGAUGCGGUCGCAGCUGACCGAGGAGAGAGAGGCGAUGGAGCGACGGUGGCAGCAACUGGAGAAACAGCACCAGGAUCUUGUGGAGAAAAAGGAAAAGUGGCGGCAAACUGCGCAACACAAACGCGACGAGCUCCAGGCCUUCAGCCAGCGGAUCCGUGCCGAAAAAAAGGAACUCGACGACAGGAAAAAAGAAAUCGCUCGAGACACGGCGAACCUCAAAGAGAGAUCCGAAAGUGUCGAGAGAGAACAGGACAACCUGAACCGCCAGCGAGUGGAGUUGGAGGAAGUUCGGUUUUCAUUGGAUCGCGCCAAGGCCGAACUAGAUGCGCGCAUCUCUGCGACAGACGACGAACGGCGUCGCGUGAAGAAGCGAGAGGAGGAGGUGCUUCGUCGCGGUGAAGACCUGCAGACGAAGGAGGAAGAGUUAGGGAGAGAGCGUCUCGAGGUGGAAAAGCGGCAAGAGGCGCUCGCGUUGAAGGCCGACGAGGAUGAACGAAGAGAGCUGGAGAGGGACUCUCUCUGGCGGAAGAAGAACGAGGAAUUAGAUCGCCGGACGCGAGCCGUCCACGAACAAGAAAAGGAGAUGGACGCGCGGUCACACGAGCUGCGGAGACAGGAGGCAGAGCUCAAGCGAGAAGAAGACAGAGAGAAGAAGAAACUGCAGCAGCUGCAAGAAGCCUUUCUGGAGGAACAGAAGAACUUUGCUCGCGAGAAAGGGCGCAUCGAGGCAGAGCUCGAGGAAGAAAAGAAGCGAACCGAAGAGGAGAGAAGGAGGGACGAAGCGGAGCGCGAGCAGGCCAGGAAGAGGAUAGAGAACGAACGGAAAAGCUUUGAAUUGUUUUUGGAAGAAGAGCGAGCUCGCUGGGACGCAGAGAGGAGACGUGCAGAGGGGGAAUUCGAGGAGGCGCAGAGAGUGUGGAACCAAGAGAGGAAAAGCAGAGAGGCAGACCUAGCCGCAGCGCAGGAGAGCGUCGCCAAGCGAGCGGAGGAGUUGGAGAAAGAAGAGAAGCAGAAACGCGAAGACUUUGAGGCCAUGACGGUGGAGUUCCAAAAGGAAAAAGAGAAGAUCACACGCCAGCUGGAGGCAGAGCAAGAGCAAAUGCGCGAGGAGCUUGGGCGAGAGAGAGAACGGGUGGUAGAGGAAAAGAGGAGAGCGCAAGAAGAUCUGGAGAGGACCAGGAACGAGUUCGAAGCGGAAAAAUCCAGAGAAAUGCAAGAGCUCCACGACCAGAUGGAACGCCUCAAGGAAAAACAGGCGGAGCUGGAGGCGCUGCAGGAGCGAUGGGAGGCUGAGCGACUCGCCGUGGAGGCCCGUCUGCGCGAAGAGCAGGAGCGGCUGGAGGGAGAGAGGCAAGUGCUGGCUCAGGAGAGGGAUGCCUUCGAAGAAGAAGUGCAUCGCGAACGCGCACAGUUCCGCGAGGAGCGAGAGGCCGCACUGGCAGAGCUUCAGGCGCAACGGCGCCUCGCAGAGCGCGAGCUGGGGGAACAGAAAGCGCAGCAGGAGGAUGUCUUCGAGGAGGAGCGGCAGCGGUUGAUGCAGGUGGAAGAAAAGCAGCAAGAAACGUAUGCGGAGCAGAUGAAGCAGCUGCGGAACUUGGAAGAAGAAGUGCAUCAGCAGAAACUGCAUCACCAGCAAGACGUGUCGCGCCACCUCUCGCGGGAAGAAGCGCUCUUUGAGCGCGAGCGGCGGAUGCGUGAAGAAGAGCAAAGCGUGCAAGAAGAGAGACAAAGGCUCACCAAGGAGAAGCAAGAGAUCGCACACCAGCGACGCCAGCUCGAGGACGAACAGAGCAAGCAGAAAGAGAUGGAGGCGGCCCUGAGGAGAGAGAGAGAAGAUGUCGAGAAGAAGACUGAAGCGCUGCGCGAGCAAAUGGAGCAAGUUGCCCAAGUCGACGAGAAGUUCGCCAGAGCGAGAGAAGCGGAGAACGCCCUUGAGAUCGAGCGCGCAGCCCUCGAAGCUGAGAAGGAGAGUUUCAGCAGAGAGAAAGAACUGAUCGAUGCGCAGGUCGGCGCGUGGAGGCGGAAACUGAGUCAGAGAGAACAAGAAGUGAGUCGCAGAGAGCGAGAAGCGUCCACACGACUCCGAGAUAUAGAAACGCAGGAAAGAGUGCACAAGGUGCGGAUGGAGGAAGAGGCAGCAGCCGGCAGGGGCUUCGCUCGGCACACGCAGGCGGGCAGCGCCUCCAGCAGUCGACGGGGAUCCACGGCCGCCCAGCGUGAGGUCCGCGGGCUGUGGCCUGACGGCGACACGAAGAAAGCCGGCAGCAGCUCGAGGACGCGCACGCGGUCUUUGUCCGUUGAACGACGGCAAGCAGGAAGAACGCCCAGCAACGCUUCUGCAUCUGGGAUACCCCUGCCGAAGAGCGUCGCUGCCCGGCGUCACCUGACUCCCGUGGGGGGGAUCGCACUGCGAAGAAAAGCCUGA